AAAGGGCGAGGGCAGUAAAUUUCCAGUGAAACAAUGGCCUCCAAGAUUGUGGCCACCGCCACCGUUCGUGCCGUGAAGCAUCGGAAGCUGCUGCCGAUGAGAGCAGCACUGUCGCUGACACCGGCAGCAGUAAACAGGAUAAAGCAACUUCUUGAAGGCAAAAACGAAUUUAUCGGUCUCAAGGUUGGUGUACGACAGAGGGGAUGCAACGGAUUGUCCUACACGCUGGAUUACGCUGCAACGAAAGAUAAAAUGGACGAGGAAGUAGUGCAGGACGGUGUGAAAGUACUGAUCGACAAAAAGGCACAACUGUCCCUUUUAGGCACGGAAAUGGAUUACGUUGAAACGGACCUGUCGGCGGAAUUUGUCUUCAACAAUCCCAACAUCAAGGGCACGUGCGGCUGUGGCGAAUCGUUCAGCAUCUAACGAGGUAGAGCAGCAAACACGAAACACUUUUAGACGUACUGUAAGUUGCUUCGCGAUAGAAAAAUGGGAUCGCUCCCUUCCUUCUCGGGACGACGGUCCCGCUACUUUCUCGUGGCUUAUUGUUUUAGAUUUGUAAAAUCUAGCGUUGAACAAAGAGAGAAUCACCUUGUCCUGUACAUAACAUAAUUUAGCUUGUUAGUAGCGUUAUUUUGAGUGUAAUAAAUUAGCCGUGUUGAGUACCUAAAA